AUCGAGCAAGAAGAAAUACAGAUAGUCCGUCCUGUGUUAGUUUUACAAUCACUGUCGAAAUCGUGGUCUAAUUACUCCCUGCACCUGUCCUCACUGUCUUUAUUCCUUCUUCCUGUUUCCAGUCAGGGCCAGGCAGCCCCAGGAGAGAUCUUUUUGUUGAGGGAAAGUCACAGGAUUUCUGAAGAUGGAAAAAGGAUACCCACCACAAGAAUCAGCUCCACCAUACCCUGGACCACCUAUUAACUAUGGGGGCGUACCACCUCAGCCAGGAAUGUACCCUCAGCCAGGAUUCAUACCUGCAGCACCUCCACCUGCUGGAUACCAUGGAGGUGCUCCUUUUACUCCAGCUGGGCCUGCACCUGUCACAACAGUGGCUCACGUGGUGGUAACACCUGCACUACAGGACAUCCCAGGACAGGCCUUGUGUCCCCACUGCAAUCAAAAUGUGAUCACCAAGACAGAGCACACACCAGGCCUAUUGACCUGGGCUAUCUGUGGUGGCCUCACCAUCUUUGGGUGUUUUCUUUGCUGCUGUAUCCCAUUCUGCAUCGAUUCCUGUAAAGAUGUGGAGCAUCGCUGUCCAUCCUGCAACAGAAUCAUCCAUAUAUACAAGCGAAUGUGAAACUAUCCUGACUGUGAGUGGGAGAGAAGGACUCAGUAUUUACAUACACAGUAGCUUAUUCAUAGUCUUGCUUGUUCGACAACACCAUUCUGAUACUGAUAGAAAUAAUACAAAAUGCAUUUACUGCAAUCCUAUAAUUAUAACUUCCCUUCUUAAUAUGAAUUGUAAUGAUAGUGUAUUCAUACUGCAUGUGAUGAGGCAUUAUAUUGUGGGGAAUCAAUUUUAGCAAAUAGUGGAAUAUUUCUAAUCUAAUAGGAAGGGAUAUAAACCAAAUAUACUAUUAAAAAUAAACAACCAAAAUAGAUACAUAUAAAAUAAAGACAUCCUUUUUUUUCAGCUGCCUGCCAUCAGUUGCUCCUGGUUGUCUAAAGGUGCUGGGUGUCUUACAUUUUCUCUGUUCUGUCACUAUGCCUAUUGCCUUGUAUCACUGGGAUUUACUGUUUCUAAGUUUUUAUUGUUGCACUCGUUGUAUUCUCAUGUUAGCCUUUCUGGAAGGCAUCAAUUCAAUCUGCAUUUAUCUCCUGAUUAAUUUCCAUAAGUGAAAGGGACACAUUUGUUUGUUCAUUUACCUUUAAACUUUCAUUCUCAAACACACUUUAUGUAUAUUGUAUAUUUUCUGUCAUAUCAGUUUUAUAGAAUUAAAGAUAUAUAAUGGGGAGAAUA